AUGCGCGACAUCGCGGGUUGGGAGGGAUGGAGGUGGCUGUUCGCCCUUGAAGGAGGCUUGACUGCCAUCAUUGGUGUGCUCUCGUGGUUCUACCUGCCUCCCAGCCCGACGCAGACCGCCAGUCGGUUCGGAGGAAAGAAUGGAUGGUUUACUGAGCGCGAGGAGAUCGUCAUGGUCAAUCGCGUGUUGCGCGACGACCCUGCCAAGGUAUGUCACGCCUACCUGACCCUGAGUUUGCGCAACCAUGGCUUUGACACAUUCAAGACCAACUUGUUGACCAUACCGGCCUAUGUGCUCUUCCUUAUCCAGCUUCUCUUUUGGACGAGAGUGUCCGAGAAGAUCAACAAUCGCAUGGCCAUUACGCUGUUCUACUCGCUCUGGUGCUUGCCUCUGCUGCUCGCUCUGGAGUUGCUCCCUGGUGAUGCGAGUCCUUGGUCAUGGGACACGGUCACCAUCAUGCUAAUUGGAUUCCCCUACAUCCACUCGAUCAUGGUUUCACUCGUCUCUCGCAACUCCGGUUCAGUGCGCACUCGCACAGUCGGAAGUGCCAUGUACAACAUCUGUCAGGCUAGCUCUGUCAUCGCGUCCCAGAUCUACCGGGAAGACGACAAGCCUUUGUACCGUCGCGGAAACAAGGUUCUACUAGCGCUCGUCGCAUGGAACGUGGUGAUGACAGUUUUCGUCAAGGGUUACUACAUGUGGAGGAACAAGUCAAGAGACAAGAUCUGGAGUGAGAUGACCCCGGAACAGAAAGAUCGUUAUAUCAAGACGACAAAGGGUGAGGGCAGCAAAAGACUGGACUUCCGCUUCGCUCAUUAA